GACCGGAUAAGGUUAGUUAAGGCUGCUCUUUUCUGUCUCCAUGUCAGUGGCUUAGCUUCCCGCUGCAGCCAUGGCCGAAGCUUCUAGCUUUACCCCAUCCACUCUCUUCCAUUCUUUCCAUCACUCACGCAGAAUCCAUUCUGGGCUCAUCUGUCAUGCAUUCUUCACCAGAGGAAAUCAAACACAUGUCACCUUACGGUGUUCCUCUGUUUCUGCGAGGGUCACAGAACCCCAAAGACUCCCUUGGGGCUGCGACACCGACUCGCUCGAGAGCACUUCUCUUUUGCAGAAAUGGCUGUCCGACUCUGGUCUUCCUCCCCAAAAAUUGGCCAUUCAAAGAGUGGAUGUUGGAGAGAGAGGCCUAGUUGCUCUUGAGAAAAUCAGGAAGGGAGAGAAACUGCUGUUCCUGCCACCCUCACUCGUUAUCACCGCAGAUUCGGAGUGGAGUGUCUCUGAUGCUGGCCAAGUGUUGAGGAGUUACAAGGUGCCAGAUUGGCCGUUGAUAGCAACAUAUUUAAUAAGUGAAGCAAGCCUGAUGAAAUCUUCAAGAUGGGGAGACUACAUCUCUGCCUUGCCUAGGCAGCCUUACUCACUUUUAUAUUGGACUCGUUCAGAGCUUGAUAGGUAUCUUGAAGCUUCGCAAAUAAGGGAGAGAGCAAUUGAAAGGGUCAAUGAUGUUGUUGGGACGUACAAUGACCUGAGGCUCAGAGUAUUUUCCAAUCAUCCUGAAUUAUUUCCUGAAGAGAUAUUCAAUCUGGAAACCUAUAAAUGGUCAUUCGGCAUCCUCUUCUCACGUUUGGUCCGUUUACCCUCAAUGAAUGGAAGGGUCACACUAGUACCUUGGGCAGACAUGCUGAACCAUAGUUGUCAGGUGGAAGCAUUUCUGGAUUAUGAUAAAUCAUCACGAGGAAUUGUGUUCAGAACUGAUAGGGCAUAUGAGCAAGGUGAACAGGUUUUUAUAUCAUAUGGAAAGAAGUCUAAUGGAGAGUUGUUGCUUUCAUAUGGAUUUGUCCCUAGAGAAGGAACCAAUUCUAAUGACGCAGUUGAGUUGUUAGUCUCAAUUAACAAGUAUGAUAAAUGUUACAAGGAGAAAUCAGAAGUCUUGAAAAAGUACGGGUUAUCCACAUCAGAAAGAUUUCCUGUACAAAUUACUGGGUGGCCUUUGGAGUUGAUGGCGUAUGCUUAUCUAGCCGUCAGCCCCCCAAGUAUGAAUAGACAAUUUGAAAAGAUGGCUGCUGCUGCUGCAUCAAACCAGGCUCCAUCUUCCAAGAAGGAUAUCAAGUAUUCUGAAAUAGAGGAAGAUGCACUGCAGUUAAUUCUUGAUAGUUGUGAGUCUGGCAUAUCAAACUACUCCAAAUUCCUUCAGGCGAGUGGAGAAAUGGAUCUGGAUAUAACAAAUCCAAAGCAGCUUAAUAGAAGGGUGUUCCUGAAAAAGCUAGCAGUGGAUUUGUGCACAAGUGAAAGGAGGAUACUAUACCGGGCACAAUAUAUAUUGAGGAGUCGAUUGAGGAAUAUGAGGAGUGGUGAACUACGGGCGCUUCAGAUUUUUGAUGGGCUGAGAAACCUUUUCAAAUGAGAACACCCGAGGUGAUUUGUUGAAGGAAAUGUGGCUUCACAGUUAUAUAAUCCUAAACAUACGAAUAGGUUUCUGUAGUGUCGGAGAAUAAAGGGAAAAUGCUUUCUUUUACUUCCUUGGCUGACAGUACAUUUCAAAAUUUGGUCCUUUUGUGUUAUCCCAAAAUAAGUGUAACAUUUCUUUUUUUGGAAAGAAAUACGUGGUCUAAAAUAUUUCAUUUUAAUAUACUCAAAUCUCAAUCACAUUUUUUUAAUUUU